AUUUGAAUUAGUCAUAAUAUAUUUCCACUAAGUUUAUCAAAUUGUUUGACAACUUUUAGAGUGAAAAAAGGAACCAUUUUUGGGAACCCACUGAUCUCAUCUUCUUCACCUUCUUCUUCUUCUUGUAAGCUCAGCCAUGGAAGCCACUGAAGUUUAGCUUCCAUUUUCACAACCUGUUCUCAAAUUUCCAUCCAAACCCAUAAACCAUGCUGAGGAACAGAUCCAGAGCUGUAACUGGGAAACAAGCUUUAAUGGCGGAUCCCCCCUUUCAAUCUCCUUCUUCUUCUUCUUCAUUCACAAAACCACUUAAAAAUCCCAUCUUUGGUUCCCCAAGAUUCAGAGCUUUUGCAACAAGAACAGCUGAUCACUCUGUUCUUAUGAGCCCCACCUCUGUUCUUAUUAGCCCCACCUCUGUUCUUGAUUCCAAACCAUUUUUCUCUCUUCAAAAUCCCAAUUACCCAAACAAACCAAUUUUCCCAGGAAACAAACACAAAAUUUCACGCCCAAACCCCAUUGGGCUUGCUCUAAUUGAGGACAAAAACGACACCAAACCCACUACGAGUCUCAUUUUUAGCGCUAAACUUCGUGUCCUAAUCCCUCCUCCCACCGUGGACGGCGGCGGAAGCGGCGGCUCUGGGUUGAUGACGGUGAAGGAGAUGGAGGUGUGUGAGGAGUAUACCUGUGUUAGACGACAUGGGCCUAAUGCAAAAACCACUCAUAUUUUUGAUAACUUUGUGGUCAAAAGCUUAGUUGAUUAUGAUUCUCCGAAGAAGAAAAAUAACGAGUUUCUUAGCUAUUGUUUCACUUGCAAGAACCAUCUUCACCACACCAAUGAUAUCUAUAUUUACAGAGGUGAGAAAGCUUUUUGCAGCCAUGAAUGUCGCAACCAAGAAAUGCUGUUGGAUGAACAACAGGAGGAUUCAUGUUGAUCAUCAUAUUUUUCAUAAAAUUCAUGCAAAAUUUUACUCUUUUUUUGGUCUUUUUUGCUCUUUUUUGCUCUCAUGCAGAUA